AUGGCCAUUGGCAGGCCUCAUGUCCUCUACGGCUGUUGGCCAGAGGCAUCAAUAUUUUGCCCUAUGCGCCUUCCUAUAGGUCAGCUCACAACAUGGCCGCUCGGAGCAGGCCAGAGAACAAGAGAGAAGGUGCCCACGACAGAAGCCACAGCCUUUUUGUACCCUACUCUCAGAAGUGAUAUCCCAUCUUUCUGCCAUAUUCUAUUCAUUACAACCGCGGGCCAGGCUGGGUCGACGACAGGCGCCGCUGGCCGCCCCAGUGUCCUGAUGACCUGGGACCCGAACCAUUUGCCCCGCGCCGUCAGACAUGCAAAGGGCCCAGCGAGGGCGCCGGAAGCUGCCAUGGACAUCAGCCACGGGGCAGUUGAAGAUCAACUCAAGAUAUGUGGCCACAAGAGGGAUGCUGAUGUCUUUGAGCUGUUCCUUUCUCAAAAGGAACUGACAGAGGUCAUUGAUCUUUCUAGGUUUAAAAAAUUAAAAUACUUAUGGCUACAUCAUAACAAGCUCCAUGGAAUAACAUUUUUAACUAGAAACUAUUGUCUGACAGAACUAUAUCUAAACAACAAUGCAAUAUUUGAGAUAGAAGGCCUGCAUUAUUUGCCUUCCUUGCAUAUACUCCUGCUACACCACAAUGAGUUAACAAACAUUGAUUCAACAGUGAAGGAAUUAAAGGGAAUGCUAAAUCUGAAGACCCUAAGUCUCUACCAAAACCCUUUGUGCCAAUAUAACCUGUACCGUUUAUACAUAAUCUACCACCUUCCAGCAGUAGAGUUGCUUGACCGAAAUCAAGUUACAGAAAAAGAAAGAAGAUCAAUGAUUACCAUUUUUAACCAUAAAAAGGCUCAUAUUGUUCAAUCAAUAGCAUUCCAAGGAAAAGUAGAUGCCUCGUGGGAUCCUAGAUCACCAUUUAAGCAAAAACCAGCCCAGAGAGUACCUCCAGAUUUUGCAUUUGCGAAUAAUGUAGACAAAACUGUGUUUGAUGACCCAGAAGAUGCUGUUUUUGUAAGGUCCAUGAAGAGAUCAGCGAUGGCUAUCACCUCUCUGAACUGGGACACAGUUCCAACACGAGAGGAAAAAUACCUUGAAGAGAAAGGCACAGAACCUGCUCAAAUGCUCACAAUUACACUGAGAUAACCCCUGGUAUUUCUAGAAAUCCUAAUGGUUUUCAGUGUAUAUUAAAUUUCUCUGUGAUUCAGUAUAUUAUAUAUUUAUUAUGAUACUAUUUGAAACAUUUAAAUGUAAACAGAAACAACAAUGAAAAAUAAUUCCUACAUUUUGUUAAGAUUUUGUUGAAGUAAAAUGCAUAUAGAAAUGUACACAAAUCUUAAGUGUUCAGCUCAAAAAAUUUUCAAAAAAUGAACAUGUUUAUGUUAAUUGGCGUCCGAGAUCAAGAAAUAGAACAUUCUCAGCGUUCUAAAAGCCUCCUCAUUCCUGUCACCAGUCCUAUUACCUGUUACUCCCCACCCUUUAUAAAGUAAUCACUGUCCUAAUUUCUAAACCACACCUUGUGUCUGUUUUUGAAAGGCAUAUAAAUGGAGUUAUAGAAGCUGAAUUAUUUUUUGUCUGGCUUCUUUUAGUUAACAUUGUAAAAUUCAUUCAUGUUGUUGCUGGUAGCAAUAGUGCUAUCAUUCUCACUGCCAUAUAGUAUUCCAUUGUGUGACUAUAUUACAAUUUAUUGAUCCAAUCUACUAUUUUUUAUUCUCACAUUUGGAGGCAUUUGCCAGUUCUGGGUAUGGGCUAAUGAUCUGAGCUUGACCUAGCCAGAAGCUUGCUGCUAGAAGAAAGAGAAACCAGAAAAGCUUACAGCAGUUGCCUGGUACUGAGACACAAAGCUGGACACUCAAGGUAAUCCAAAUGUAUUGCUGGUUUUCUGCAGAUAAGCUAAAGAGCUAGAUCAAAAGCUUAUAAAAAGCAGGGUGACAUUUUUUCCAUCUGAUGGUGCUUAGACACUAUCACGCUGUAACAUAGACACAUAGCAUAGACACAUUGUAGAAAUGGGGCUGAAAUCAAAACAGGUAAGACAUGAAAGAGCAAAAGGGAGUAAUGAACUGUCACUGAGAACCUAUAGCCUCCUUUCACCUGUGGGCACUUAUGAUUCUCUACACAGCCAGAGUCUGAAAAUUCAGGUAUGGUCCCUGGCAGAAGGUUGUAGCUGGGGGAAAGAAAAAGCAGAGAUUUGGGCAUUGAUGUGGGUGAGUGGCUAUCAAGGCAAAAGUGAUGGUGUGUUGCUUCUUAAAACUGGUCAUAGAAAGAACUGAAAUGUUCUCUUGCUCUCUUCUGGAUCACUUAUUCUGUGAGAAGCCAGCUACCAUGUUGUGAGAACACAAGCAGUUUUCUGGAGAGACCCAUGUGGUGAGGAACUGAGGCCUCCUUCCAAAGCCAGUGAGGAACUAAGGCCUUCUGCCAACAGCCAUGCGAGUGAGCCAUCUUGCAAGCAGAUCCUCCAGCUCCAGUUAAACCUUCAGAUGACUGGAGCCUUGGCUGAAAGCUUCACCACAUCCUCUUGAGAAACCCCAAGCCAGAACCAAGCAGUUAACUGCUCCCGGGUUUCUGGCUCACAGAAACUGUGAGAUAAUGCUUAUUGAUGCUUCAAGCUGGUAAGUUUCAGGGUAAUUUGUUACACAGCAAUAAAUAACUAAUACAACUAGCCAGCAUAAUCCAUGGUGUUAGAAGUA